AGGUGCAUUUAAUAUAAAGGCCAAUAAAUAUUCACAGAAACCAACACCAUUAAUAAAGGCCACAGUAUACCACCAGAACUUAAAAGAAGAAGAAGAAGAAGAAAAAAAAAAAAGGAAGGAAUGGAGGAGUUGAAGUCGCCGAAACAGAGAAGAACAGCAGCGGCAGCAGCUUCUUCUUCUCAUGGAAACCCUUGUGAUUUGGUUCAAGGAGCUAUCAGUGCUGUCUUCAAAUGUUUGGGCUUAGACCCUUUCUAUUGGCCUUUCUCCAAACAAGGAGAAGAUACCAACACCCAUCAAAACACUUCUUAUCAUCCAUCUCCAUCCACAGAAGAAGCCCAAGAUCCACAGUUUCCACUCUCGGAAUUUGGAACGAAAACUUGUGAAGGUGUUGCAGUGGGAUCCAUAACGGUGAAUAGUAGAAGGCCCAAACCGCCACCAAUAAGCCCUGGAGAAGACCCUCAACACAACUAAGCUCUUCCUCUCUUCCAUUUCUUAAACCUUCUCCUUUUUUUAUGGCUCUGUAACUUUUUCAAUUCGAAGCAAGAGAUUAUCAUAUUAAAUGAUUAAUUUUAAUUCCUCUA